GCUGUUCGCAUUAAAUUCUCGAUAGACUCACAAUAUGAUUAAAUUUAUUGAAAAAAUAUUACUCUUGCUGGCCAUCACCUACUCCGUGUUGGCAGCCCCGCGGUUUAAAAAUGCAACAUCACAGAUGACUGACGUUGAUAUACGCAUCCGCAAUCAUGGCCAAGAUAGUCUGAAUGGACUUUUAUGCCCUCCAAUAGGACUAAGGCAUAAAUUUGAAGUGGCUACUAUACAAACUGCGACUCCCAUGUACGGAUGCGCUUAUAUGGAAAGAGACAACCUACUAAGUGCGUCUCCAUUAUUUCAUCUGUGGCUAGAACGUCCCGUGCUAACCAUGGAACACAACCAUUGCAUCGACAUUCAGAAUAUGGACCACAUAAUACUUGAGUGUUUGUCUAAAGAAAAUCCGAACAACAGGAUAUUAACUGACCAAGGCUUUAAGUAUAUAUCAUUACUUGAGCAUGUCAUUGAUGAAAAAUCCCAAAAAAGUUCAUUCUACAGAUGUGCCAUGUACGAUGUGCAGGACAACGAGAAAGAGAAAGUACGAAUAAUACGUAUAGCAAUUUCUAAGGCAAGAAAAGAUGAACUACAUGUAGACCAAUGCGAAGGACUCGCAAAUCUGUUAGGAGAAUAUGAACUUCCAUAUGUCACCGAGGGCCAAAGGACUUGGCCUGAUGGGUCAUUAUAUUUAUACAUGAUAGGAAGAAAUCCUAAUACCUGGCCUUAUAAACUAAAUGAGGUGAAUGAUCUACUAAUAAGAAUGACAUAG